GAUAUGGCGCGAAAAUAUCACAAAUCCAAUUUGAAGGAAUUAUAAUUUCUGCAUUUUCCACAUGUGGAAAUGCUACGCAACGUAUCGCAGGUGUUGGUAAAUCAGAAGAUAUAUCUCAACUAAUCUCUUUAAGAAUAUCUUCUGAACAUUAUUAA